AUGCCUGCCAUGGCGCUGAACCUGUUCAAGCGCGGGCAGUCCGUGCUGCUCAUGCUGCCCGACGGCGGCAUGCGCAUCUACGCGGACGCGGUGCGCGUGGCGCGCGUGAUGAAGGACUAUCCGGGCUUCAUGGUCGGAUCGCACAACUCCGCGCGCUUGCACCUGCCGCCCGAGAAGCUCCUGCGACCCGGCAAUUCCUACUUCCUCCACGCCCCCUCGCAGACCGAUCCAGACACCGCCGUGCCCUCGCCGCACCUCGAUACGACCGGCGGAUUGGCCGAAUACACCCGCGAUUAUGGCGAAUAUAACGUCGACGAGAAAUCGCCAGAUCAACGGUCGCACGCGAGCGGCGCAUCGUGGACGGCGAACGAGUCGCGUCGCGCCAGCAUGUCUCUCCACCCAUCAACAGCCGCCCGCCCAUCUUUGCCGUCUCGCGCCAACUCCGCGCCGCGCUACAGCCUCGACGUGCGCAACGUCGGCCGCGGCGGCAUCCGACGCAGCUUCUCAGCCAAAGAUCUACAGAACGUGCCGAUUCCACCGCCGCCGGCAGCGCCUGCGCCGGCUCCUUUUGCGCCGGCUCCGAAGCGACCUCCGGCAUCACGACUGGGCAUGCGACGAAGCGCGUCGGCGCAGAACCUUGCUGAUCCCGUGACGUCCGUCGAGGCGGCCGUUGCGCGUUAUUCCUAUCUAGAGCCCCCUGCCGAGCACCCGAACGAACUCGAAUCGCCGAGUCAGCCGCAUCACCGUCGCGGUUUUCACGCACGGCACGGGAGUAUGGAUUGGCAAUUGGAGUCGCAAUCGGUAUCGCAGUCGCGUUCGCCAGUGCACUCGCAGUGGUCAUCGAGAUCGCAGUCGCGCGUGCAAUCACAGUUUCAAUCGCAGUCGCUCUCGCAAUCGCAGUUUCAAUCGCAGUCGCUCUCGCAAUCGCAGUUUCAAUCGCAGUCGCUCUCGCAAUCGUUCGAAACGCAGUGGGACGGGAGUUCGCGCUUCGCUGCGGAUGCGACUCCGCGACAGCACUGGCAGCGCGCCAAUCUGUCAGAUGCCGCGCCGAUACGCGCCUCGUCGUCCGGUUACUUACCGCGAACGUUCCCAGCCGUUGAUUCCAACCAGUCUGCCAGCCCAUCUGGACCGUUGACGGCUGGCCAGCUGACUCGGCGCGCGUCGCUCGCGAUUGACAUGUCUUCCCUCGCCGUCUCCCCCUCCUCCCUCACUCCCCCGCAAACGUUCCGCCGCCUCCCCCCCAACUUCCAAGCGCAAGACGUUGGCCCCACGCCUGCGGUUCCCCCGCGCUUGCUGAGCGCGGGGGACGUGCGGGUCGCGCUGGGCGCCACCAUGGGCAAAUCGAUGAGCUGCCCGGAUUUCGCGGGUCUAGAGAGCGGUGACGUGGCGCUGCGCGCGCAGCCGGGCUGGAGGAUGAGCCGGGUAGACAGCGGAGGCGGAAGCGGAGACUGGGGAAGCGGGGGCGACAGCCCUGGGGCGAUAAUGGAGGGCGACGAGGAGGAGGGGGGAGCGGAAAGGAGCUUCUGCGGCGCCAGACUAGGGCGUAGGCGGUCGGGAAUUCCCAGCAGAUACGCCGUGCCUGACCCACAGCAGCAGGCGCUGCAGUCGCAGCAGCAGCAAGUGCAGCAGCAGCGAGCGUGGAUGGCAGGGCAGCAAUACGACCAACCCACUCCGCUCACUGUGUGUGCUCCGCUCCCCCAUAUCUCCACCCACGCACUUAACGUCUCCCCCUCGUCCCCCUGCCAGCACUCCCCCAGCGUGUUCUCGCCUCUCGCCCGCUCUGCACACCACCACUCCCACUUUCGCCACGUGCAGCUACAGCUGUAG